AUGUCGACCUCAAUCCAUUCUACUAGGCGAGAGUCGCACGGCAGGUUCUCACUUGGAACCUAUCGCGUCCUCGUUCCCUUGUCGUGGCUGCUCGUGGUGGUCGUCGGCAUCUACUACUCCUCCCAUGCCCCCGAUGUCAAGCAUGGCCAUACCAUCUGGAAGCAAGCCAACAAGCAUAUUACUCCAUUUAGCUUGAGCACGGUUAUUGCUGGUAUCUAUUGGAUCAUAACCCUCCUGUCUCAAAUCGGCUUUGUCUACCACCUUUUCUCCAAUGAUGCGGUAACGGCCACCGCCGCCGCCAAUGUAGGGUCACAUUUUAUCCUGAACAAUUUGUUCAUUUUCGCCUGGAUCCUUCUGUGGACUCGUAACCACUUCUGGGGCUCAGAAAUUAUCCUGAUCGCGCACUUCCUGAAUCAAAAGACGACCUACUGGCGGCAUCGCACACUACCACCUCUUGCGCAUUUUGCCGCUGUCGCAGCGCCCUACGCCUGGACUCUGAUCACUCUCUUCUGGAACGGAGCAGUUGCUGUGAACAGCAACAGCCUGCCAGCGAGGAUCGUCGCUAAUGUGUUCAUUUGGGUAUUGUUCGCGCUGGGAUCGACGCAUAUCUUGUCCACCCAGGAUGACAUUCUGGGUUACAGUCUGAGUCUCUUGACGCUGGCAUUGGCCGUCAAGCAGUUCGGCGUCAAGGUCAUCUCCCUACAGUGGAUAUUUGCCAUUGUCAUCUUUGCUGUCUUCUUCGCCGAGUCCCUCUAUAUUUCCCUGACGAAGUACUCUGGGCGCAACAUCUUUUUCCGCAGGGCCGGGCAGCCGGCGCCGGCAACCAAUCGCGAGAGGGAGCCGUUGCUCAACGAUUCGACCCAGCCAGCACAAACGGCCUAA